UGUCACCAUGUAACCGUAUUCUGUUUAAAUAGAUUUUCCCUGUGAAAGUUACUCUUUAGUGCCCCCUUUUGGCAUGACCUGGUGUAACGUGCUCAAAUCCGUCUCUGUUCUAUGAUGUCAUCAGAAAGCGCAUGUUAUUGUUUGGGGAAAGGACUUCUCCCGUUCUCCCGUCUGCUGCUGUAGUGGCAAUUGUCUCCCUUAAGACGGUCUUUAAGGGCAUUGUCGUUUUACCCUACUUCAACUGGCCUAAGUAAAGGGAGUGAAGUCAAACCCUCUUGUCUGCGUGGUCAUUUUGAAGAGGAGUUUAGUCUGAAUGUCGACUCUAGCAAGGCGUUAGAGGCAGAGGACAUGACAGUAAAACGACAGCCUCUCAAAGACCAGUCUCGUGGGGAACUGGACAGCAAUUAGAGCUAUCCUCCGGAAACAGCUCAGAUGUAGGAAGAAAUCCAAUCGACAGCAACAUGUCGCAGAGAACCAGCGCAUCAAUGAAAACCAGAUCUAAUAUAUCUGGCUCCUCCAGGCAUACCAGGAGCUCAGCUGCAAGUAAGGCAGCCGCUGCACAAGCACGUGCAGAAGCUGAGGCGGCUAAGGCUGAAGCAGCAUUUGUGGAUAAAGAGAACGAUCUGAAGCUGCAGCAAGCGGAACUGGAAGCUUCUAUGCAGCUUCGAAAAAUACGUCUUGAAGCGUCAUUAGAUAAAGUACGCAUGGAAAAAAGGGCUGCAGCUGCAGAAGCAAAAGCAGAAGUUUUGGAGGCUGCAGCGAUCCAAGAUGAUGGCGAGGGUCUUAGUGAGAUAGAUGUUCCUGCUGACGACCCAGUAACGCGCACAAGAGAAUAUGUGAAGGGUGCCUCACACGGCAGCCAAACCACGCCCAUUCUAGAAACCUCCAAUGAUAACACGGAGACGAAACUCCUUCAGCAUUCACCGACCAUAGACUCCUACUCCAAGAUCUUUACGCCAGGAUCUGAUGUACAUUUUCGACCAAGCCUCAAGCCAGUUGCGACACCACACAUCCAAACCCAAACCACACCCAUAAUAGCAAAUCUAAAGGAUCAUUUCCCAGGCAAAGCUGAUCAAAGUGAGACCUACACCCCUAAACAAGAACCAACGCCUCUACCAGAGGCCUGGGAGCUUUACCGCCCAUCUCUGAUGGUUACCAUCACCAUAGCAGGAAAAAACAGUGCUGCAGUGACAGUGGACGAGGCUGUGAGCAGUGUUUCCUACCUGUGUGGGCCUCAGUGGUGCACGGACACAAAAUAA